AUGGACAUCAGUGGUGGUGGAAAUAGUGGAAACGAAGUUGACGGUGAUGAAGAUGGAAUUCACAUUGAUAGUGAGGGACGAAGGUGGUGGUUAUGCCGCUCUCCGGAGCUCAUAAAUCUGGAGGAGAAAAUCAUAGAUCUGAAGACAAAAAUCAUAGAUCUGAAGACGAAAGUCGUAGAUCUGAAGACGAAAGUCGUAGAUUUGAAGAAGAAAAUUUGUAGAUCUAAAUAUGAAAAUCAUAGAUCUGAAGUUGAAAAUCAUAGAUCUGAAGCUAAAAAUCGUACAUCAGAAGCUGAAAUUGUAGAUCUGGAGCUAACCGGAGCUUGUGUAUCUGAUGGUGGUGGUUCACCGGUGGUAGUAGGCGUUGGCGGUUCGCCGACAGCAAGAGGCGGCAGGGGGUGGUGGCUAGUGGCAACCAGUGAUAAUGUUUGUGUGUUAUUCAAGUUUUAG